AUGUGUAAAAUAUACUUUACCACAGCCAUGUUGCAGUAUAUCCUGGAGGACAUGCCUAAAGUAAGCACGUGUUUUGUUUGUUUGUUUAUUUUGUUUUUUUUUGGCUACGUUGCAGCCCUGAUGUAAUGGUUAUUUACCUGGAACGAGGGGGUAUGUGAUAUAUUCACCUGGUACCAGGUGUUUGGAGUAGUCAAACAGAAGUUUUACCCGAAAGAGAUGAGUAACUCAGAGGAAAAUGUUAAGGCGUUAAGGUAACGUUAAGGCAGAGCAGUUUUGGAAACUCUUUUGGACUUCCCACCGCCACAGAUUUUUGUGUCAGUCGUCGGACGAGUCACGUUGCAAAGCAGCAUGUGUGCAGGUAGACGUUAGAAAUGUGAAAUUUGUUUAAAAUUGACACAGCCGGUGAAGUGAAUUUCUAGUUUGGAGAACAUUGCGCUAUGACUAUUGCCGACGAAGAAAAUGAAGUCCAAGAAAAAGUGGUCAGUUCGUUAAAUUAAUAUUCAAAAUUCUGACUUGUGUUGUUUCACUGCGACGGUUAUACAUGUUGAGGGGAAUAUCAGCCGGGGAAUAUGAUAAGGGGAAUCAGCUUCUGUUUCAGCCCCGCGCUCCCCUGUUACAAUCAAAGCCGCCACCAACUUUUCAGACAGUGAAUAAUAAUGAGGGGUUAUGUAAAAAGAACAAAGGAAACCGAGCAAAGUGAAAAAUAAGUCAUCAGGUGCGAAAAUAAUUAAGGUAGUCCGCAACAACAGCGCACAGGUCCCGAAUGGGCUGGCUGUGUUAAUAAGACAGAUAUCUUCGCAGUGCGUAGUAGAGCGGCUUAUUUUCUUCAAAAAGUGUUUAGAAAGCCGAAUCCUGAUGAAGAGAAGAUCUAUGUUCGAGCCGAAUCGGGGGCACAGGUUGGAACACUGAAGGAUACACAGUGUUUUGAAAGGGAAACAUUUUAAAGGCACUUUUACUUCUCCGAGUGCCAAGUUUUAUUGGCUUUUGUAACACGUUAUAAAAUUAUCUUUUCAGGCGAAAGAGUUUGGAAUUAAAGCUCGUACAGCAUGUGAAAACACCGUGUCCUCUGAUGAUGCAGCCAUGACGAAUGUGGUCGAGUUUUUGAAAGCUGUUGAACGGUCAUUGUAGUUACCUGUCCAACGGUGAGAUGAACACAAAGAGGAAAUCCUGUACAGAGUGGCCAACAGUAAAGGCAUAAACGCUAACGAGCUGAUACGGUGAACACGUCACAAGCACGUUCAAAUCCCCGUAUGUCAAGGUGC